AUGCCUGCCACAGAGAGUCCCAGCGCUGUACGCGGCUUUCCUACCAUCAAGCAUGUCCGCACCUUCAUCACCCAGGGUGUCGGCUCAGGUGGAGACUACCACAAUGUAGAUGGAGGUCACUGGCUGGUGGAUAGCAAGAUUUCCACUCCUAUGUCACAGUACGAGCAGUACAGGAAGUCGAGGCUGAGCUGGGGCAUCAAUGUCCUUGGCUCGUUCUGCGUUGAGUUGGAGGCUACAGAUGGCACCAAGGGAUUCGCUACUGGUUUCGGUGGACCACCAGCAUGUUGGUUGGUAGCUGAGCAUUUCGAGCGGUUCCUUAUUGGCAAAGACCCAAGAGACACAAAUCACAUGUUCGAGCAGAUGUAUCGAGCAUCCAUGUUCUACGGCCGCAAAGGUCUCCCAGUCGCUGUCAUCUCCGUUAUUGAUCUUGCUAUUUGGGAUCUCCUAGGCAAGAUCCGAAAUGAACCAGUAUACAAAAUGAUUGGAGGAGCCACACGUGAGAGGCUUAACUUCUACUGCACUGGCCCGGAGCCUGCAGCUGCAAAGGAGAUGGGCUUUUUCGGCGCUAAGGUGCCGCUUCCAUAUGGACCUGGAGAGGGUGUAGAGGGCUUGAAGAAGAACGUCGAGUUCCUCACAAAGCACCGCGAAAGCGUCGGACCUGAUUUCCCUCUUAUGGUCGAUUGUUACAUGAGCUUGAACGUUCCGUAUACAAUUGAAGUGGUCAAGGCUACCGAACACCUCAACCUCAACUGGUGGGAGGAGUGCUUGUCCCCCGAUGACACCGAUGGCUUCGAGCUCCUCAAGCGAGCACACCCAAGAAUGAAGUUCACCACAGGCGAGCACGAGUACUCGAGAUAUGGGUUCAGGAAAUUGAUCGAGGGCCGCAAUUUGGAUAUCCUGCAGCCCGAUGUCAUGUGGGUUGGCGGUUUGACUGAGCUCCUCAAGGUCUCUGCCAUGGCUGCAGCAUACGACAUACCCGUUGUCCCUCACGCCAGCGGCCCAUACUCAUACCAUUUCGUGGUCAGCCAGGCCAACUCGCCGUUCCAAGAGUAUCUCGCCAACUCUCCAGAUGGCAAGUCGGUGCUGCCAGUGUUCGGUGACAUGUUCUUGAACGAGCCCAUUCCCGUUAAGGGCUAUCUCGAUGUAUCUGAUCUCGACAAGCCAGGCUUUGGUCUUGAGCUCAACCCCAAUGCUCGUUUGAUCGAUGCCGCGAGAAUUCUUAACCCAGCACCAGUCAUGUCACUCAAAGCCCCCGAGCAGGAGCCUGCGGAUGCACAGGUCAAUGGGGCGAAACCCGUCAAAGAUACCAUCAACAGCGCUCUCGAGGCGUUGCACCUCACUGGCGGUGAGCAGGGUGCUCCCGCAAAGGAGCCCACCGAGGAACAGCUCAAGGAGCUCCGAUCCAAAUAUGAGAAGGCCGGCCAGGAGCAGGUCUUUGCCUUUUACGAUAAACUCUCCACCGCCGAGAAGGCCGGCAUCUUCGAGCAGCUCUCCAAGUUCGACCCCGACUACAUCAAUGAGAUCACUAACAAGGCGCUACACCCCCCUCAGACCGAGUCCACAGAGUCGAAAAUCGAGCCCCUCCCUUCCAAUGCCACCUCCUCCGUACUCGACUCAAAGGCCGAAGACCUCUCGAGCUGGUAUGAUAGCGGUUUGGAGCUGAUUGCUGAGAACAAGGUGGCGGUGGUGCUUAUGGCCGGUGGCCAGGGUACACGAUUGGGCAGCUCCGCACCCAAGGGAUGCUUUGACAUUGGUCUACCAAGCAAGAAGUCAUUGUUCCAGCUUCAGGGCGAGAGGAUCGCCAGAGCGGAGCAGCUGGCAAAGAAGAAGCAUGGAAAGGAGAGCGUCACUAUCCCUUGGUACGUCAUGACUAGCGGACCUACGCGCGGACCGACAGAACGGUUCUUCCAGGAGAACAACUUCUUCGGCUUGAACAAGGAGAACGUCACCGUCUUUGAGCAAGGCGUACUUCCAUGCAUCUCCAACGAGGGCAAGAUCUUGCUUGAGAGCAAGGCCAAGGUUGCUGUUGCUCCCGAUGGUAAUGGCGGUCUCUACCAAGCUCUCGUCCAGUCCGGCGUCGUCGAGAACAUGCGCAAGCGUGGCAUCGAGCACAUCCACGCAUACUGCGUCGACAACUGCCUCGUCAAGGUUGCCGACCCAGCUUUUAUCGGAUUUGCAGCAUCUAAGAAGGUCGACAUUGCCACCAAGGUUGUGCGAAAGCGAAACGCUAAGGAAUCAGUUGGCCUCAUCCUGCAGAAGAAUGGACGCCCUGAUGUCGUCGAAUACUCUGAGAUCAGCAGUGAAGACGCAGAGGCCAAGGACCCCAAGGACUCCGAACUCUUGAAAUUCCGCGCUGCCAACAUCGUCAACCAUUAUUACUCAUUUGGCUUCCUAGAGAGCAUCCCCGAAUGGGCAAAGAAGCUCCCUCACCACGUUGCACGCAAGAAGAUUCCUUACGUCAACACUGAGACUGGCGAAACCGUGAAGCCCGAGAAGCCUAACGGCAUCAAGCUGGAGCAAUUCGUUUUCGACUGCUUCCCAUUCUUGGAGCUCGAGAAGUUUGCCUGCAUGGAGGUCAAGCGUGAGGACGAGUUUUCUCCAUUGAAGAACGCCCGUGGCACCGGCGAAGACGACCCGGACACCAGCAAGAAGGACAUCAUGACCCAGGGUGCCAAAUGGGUGCAGGCAGCGGGCGCCGUCGUUGUCAGUGAGAACGACGAGGGUGUUGAAGUGUCACCAUUGAUUUCCUACGGCGGAGAAGGUCUUGAAUUCCUCAAGAACCGCACGAUCAAGGCUCCGGCAGUCAUUGAGAAGGAGGAGUAG